GUGUAUAUCUUGCGCAAACGUUACCUUCAAGUUUAUCUAUCUAAACUGGUACUACUGGGACAAGAACGAAAGGGAAGGCGCGAUCAUCAUCUUUCGUUUUUCUCUCUCCUAGGGUUUUUUGCUCCGAAUUCCUUCCCUGUCGGUGACCAAAAGGUUUUGGAAGCUGAGAAGAACUCGGAGUUUUGCUCCGAGUGCUCCGAUAUUUAGUGAUGGAAUUCCGUUGGGAUUUUUUAGAUUCCCUGGAUCCUGAUGUUUCGAGUAAGAUUCUUAUGGGUUUGGAUGAUCCUGCUGAUAUUGUUCGUGCUAGUUCCGUGUCGAGGUUAUGGCGUGAUUUUGUGAUAACAAAUGGUAUAUGCAAGCACUUGUGCCUAAGACUGUUUCCUCAGUUAUCUGGCAUUGAUCGUGUGGUUGAUAUAAGCAACAAACAAGAGAAUUCAGAUGUUGGUUCCAGCAGUUUUGUUGAGCUGGAGCAUUUGAAAAAGGAGCACAGAGCGUUUGUCGCUUUAGCUCGAGGUCUUACAUCCUCAGAGGUGGGUGAAUGUCUCUCAGAUGCCAUUAGUGCUACCAGCACAGAUAAUUAUCCGGAAGAAGGUGUUCAUAACACUCUGGUAUCCAGGGACCGAAUUGGACGUAGAGCUUCAUACUGGUCGAGCUCAGGACAAAGUAACCCUGAAGUGCCCGAGAGACUGACUUAUAAGUUAAUUUCUGAUUUGUGUAUAAUUACUGAAAUGAAUGUUCAUCCUUUUCAAGCCUUUUUCCAAUCAAAUUCACCUAUAUAUUCUGCAAAAGCAGUGCGUUUCCGCAUGGGUCACAGAAUAUUGCCCGAGGGUGAUGAGGAAGAUAUUGUUCAUGAAGGUCAAGAAUGUGCUGAGGAGAAGUUUGUUUGGACUUACACAUCUCCAGAAUUUCCAAUGGCGCAGGAGAAUCGAGUACAAAAUUUCAAGCUUCCAGAGCCUAUCCUUUGCUUUGGGGGAUAUCUACAGAUAGAGCUUCUAGGUAGAGUUCAGAGGCAAGAAAUGGAUGGCCUAUUUUACAUAUGUGUGGCACACGUUCAAGUUAUGGGGCGUUCUUUGUUCCCUGUGUUUGGGGUUGAAUCUCUUGACCCAAAUGGAAGAUUUACACUGACGUACAACCCUCAUGCUCAGUUUUCUUCUCCUCAUAACGGCAACGAGGAGUCUGAUGAAAUAAGUGUAACACCAGAGAUGGUGCAAAGACAUGUUAGAGGUUGGGAGCAGAUUCUAAACAUGUUACGGGGAACUCUGGGGGUUGAGGUUUAUGAUUCAGACGAUGAGCAACACGAUUCAGAGGACGAGAUGCCUGAGGAGUUUGCUUUGUAGUUUUUCAAGGGUCCCAAUUCAGCCCGUGCAUCUAGCGACCAUGUAUGUUUUUUAAAGUCGUUGGGUGAAUGAACCUUGUGAAACAAGUAAGACUUUUCGCCAGUAAUUGGUCUUGUUUCAUUAGUUAAUAAGCGUUGUCAAUGUUUCCUCUAGGUGGAGGGCUUGAGACUGGUGUUUUGCUCUGUAAAUAACUCUUAGCAAGUGCGAAAAGUCGGUGGUUUAUUAAUCAAGGAUUGAGAGAUCGACCUUGGUUGAUGUGCUAUGAACUUGUUGUCGUUGAUACUGUCAUGAAACCUGUUAUGUCUUACAAUCGGUGAUGCCGGCAAGAUGCUACUUGCAAAUUUCAAUGCAAUUUUUGGUUCAAACUUAAAA